CCGCAACUAAGACCCGGCACAGCCAAUAAAUAAAUAUUAAAAUUUUUUUUUUUAAAAAGACUCAUUUGGCAAAAUUCGUACAAACCCUCCAAACACCUUGGCCAAAAGCAUUGCUGUUGGUUCUUCUAAAUCUCAGAUCCACCCCCUUUGGAACUCAUAAACUCUAACCCUUUGAGAUAGUCACAAGACAUCCAAUGCACCUGGCCCCUGCCUCUUUUGAUUCACAGCUGAUAAAAGGAGGUAUAUUUCAUACUGUAAAGACCUAGUUGCUUCCAUUAAAAAUAAUCAUGCUUUGGUAGAGCAAUCUUGUCACAGAGCAAUCCCAGGAGAUGAAGACCUUAAGCAUCAUACCUUGUAUUCUGGAGAUUUCCUCCAUUGAAAAAAACACCUCCAGAAAGACUCUUUUAACCCCACUGGGAAGGCCCCUUUCAAGUACUGCUAACCAACCCUUGUGCUGCCAAACUCCAGGGAAUAGACUCUUCAUUUCACAUGACACAUCUAAAAAAAGCACCAAACCCUCACUGGACCUCACAUCAUAGGAUGACCUGAAAGUAAAGAUUUCCCAGAAUUGAAGCACACGACAUCUAACCAGACAGCUUUGCUAAGAUGUCAGGGCCAGUACUGUUAGAAAGUUCAGGAUUCACAUUAGUCUUUUCAUCUGGACUAUUAACUGACUCUGGAUUCUUAUCCAAAUUCAGGGUAACGGAACUUGCAACCUCACAUGCUAUGCCACUAAUAACACAUUUGGUUACAAACGUUUCUUUUAAGGUGCCUGGUCAUGCCUCCAGGUCCUCCACUGGACCAGGCAGUGUGGAAGGAAGCAUUUGCUGGGAAACAAUGACUAAGACCGAGAAGGGAAAGACCUUUCUCUCCCAGCAUUUCCGUCAGUCACUCUCCCCACGGCUGGGAUGGGGCAUGAUUUUCUCCUACUUAAAACCAAGAAACAAGGAGGAGUGCGCCUCCGUUUCCAGUGUGCCUCCAGUCUUCCACUCCAGCCCGCAGCACUGUGCAAACCUCAAGAACCUAUAUUUGAAACAGGCAGCUGCAAACCUCACCUUUUCGCAGGAGGUGGUGCAGCAGCGAGGGCUGGCCAGCAUUCCUUACAGCCAAUACAGCUUUGACCAUCUCUACGAUGCAGACAGCAUCAUCCAGCCUCCCCAAGUCAGGAAGCCCCGACCUGAGAAGCCCAUCAGCUUCAAGUUCUUGGAUUUUUCAGGUCCCUCAACAAGGGUCACCUCCCAGGCUAUGAAGACGGAAAGCUCUGCCAAUCUUAAGAAGCUGAAGAAAUCAAAGCCAGCAAGCGCAGUCCAGGAAGCAUCUGGUCCUCUCAAUCUUCAUCCAAGCAGGGAGCUGGACGUGCUGGAUCUGUCACUUUCUCCAGAUGUGAACCUGGAGGAGAGGGAAACCUGGCUUCCACCUCCUGAGAAGGAGGCCAGAGCAUGGCAGGCUGUCGUGCUGGAAAAGCUUAACAAGCGCACUGCCCGAUGGAUCCAGAACAAGCGUCCUCUGAGGCCUGGGGUGUCCCCCAGUAAGUGGCAGAGCUUCUUGCACCAGCAAUACGACUGGAGCCACAUCCGGGAUGAGCUCACUUCCUCCAGUGACCUGGAGCUCUUAAAACAGCUGGAGGAAGAAGAGACAGCAGAAUUUGAGGAUCGAAGUGUCGUUCUGCCCACCCAGGAGGAAAAGAAGCCAGAGCUGCUGCUUCCUAUCUAUUAUAGAUUGCCCAAUUACUUGCUGCAAGUGCAGACAGUUGAAAGCAUGCCUGGCAUCAAUAAGACUGCUGAGGACAUCGAUGGAAAGGGGAGCGUCUACCAGCCCCCAAGGCAGAGCCACUUCCGACAGGUGAAUCCCCGAGCUGGAAAGUUUGCUUACUCCACAGACAACACCUUUGAACAGGAGAUUUACUUCGAUAAAGUCCAGAUCAUCCACCAGAUUGGUGCAAAGAGAGACCAAAUUUUCCUGGAAAACCUCAAUCGAUACAACAAGCAGCUAUCUAAGGUCUUCCCUGAAACCCCAGAAAGGUGGACUUCCCAGCCAGUUCCUGAACCAUCUUGCAGGCCUGUGAAAGGAGCCAUGCGCUGGACAGCUCUGCCCAUACCAGCCAAGGAUCUGCUGCUGCAGGUGGGUGAGGAGGACAUGCCCAUGAAGACCAGGAGACUGAAGAAGCAGGCAGAGUCACUGAAGGAGAAUGUGACUUGGGAACUGGUGGUCCUGCGGAGGAUGCUGCAGGAAUGGAAGAUGGGCUGGGCUCUAAUCAUCGAGUGGCACCAUAAAACAAUAGAGGGCCUGCUGCAGAGCUUGGUGGACAUCCAUGAUGACAUCCGGAUCCAAGCCAUCAUCACUUGUGCCACAGCUGCUUUAGAACGGCCCCGUAUUGCCAUCAGCCAGGGAGACUCAGACAAGGAAACCGUCAAAGCUCCAUCUAUCCAGGACUUGCCAGAGGUUCUACAGCCCCCCCUAAAGGCUGCUCUUUGUGACAAGAAUGCCAAUGUGCGGAUGGCAGCGGCAGUAUGCCAAUAUGCCAUACAGUCCCAUAAUCUUCUUGCCCGGGAAAUCAUGCAGGCUGCCCUUUUGAAGGGUAAUAGCGUGGACAGCUGGGCUGCAGCUCAGUGCCUGGCUCUGGAAGGUGCUGCCACUUACUCCGUGAUUAAGAGGAUCCUCCAUCAGCUGUUUAACAAGAAGAAUGAGGACACUGAGCAACAGUCCUGCAUGCUCCUGAGCCAUCUAAGUGGGAAGACAACCCUGAUACAUACCAUGCUUGCCGUGGAGCUGAAUAGCCAUCAAUGGAAAGACCGGAUUGUAGCCUGCCGAGCUCUCUCCCAGAGUGGUGGAAAUGUCAGUGUGGAUAUGAAACAUAAGUUGAUCCAGCUGAUGUUGAGUGACUGGAAUAAGAAAGUGAGACAAGCAGCUGCCCAAGCUCUGGGGCAAAUGAGCCUUGGGAAAGAGGUGCAUGACACAAUCAGAGUCAAGCUGGGCCAAGGAAACUUCCAGGAGCGUGUGGAAGCCCUCUCCCUGAUUUGUGGGCUCAAGCUCAUGACCGCCAAACUUCUCCCAAGCUUUCUGAACUCCUUCUCUGAUGACUUCAUGGCAGUUCGGCAGGCAGCUUGUUUGGCUGCUGGUGCCCUGCAGAUCCAUGAUAAUAUGGUCCUUGAAUGCCUUCUGAAUCUCAUACAGAGAGAUCCCUGCUGGAAAAUCAAGGCCUUUGCCAUUCGAGCUUUGGGACAAAUUGGCCACGUGAGUCCCCAACUGACAGACCUCCUGCUCUGGGCUAUCCACUACGAAGAAUCACCAGGUGUACGACUAGAGGCUUGCCGUAGCAUCCUAGCCCUCAAACUUCAAGGAGACCGAGUCAGGGACACCUUCCUAGACGUGCUGCUCCUAGAGAACCAUGAUGCUGUUCUAAAAGAAAUUCACCAUGCAAUGAAGAUACUCAACUUAGAAAAUGAAGGAAACCAAGAAAUGCUUCAGGAGAUCAAGAACAGGAUUCAAACACUAAGCCAAAAGGAACUGUUGAUACAGAAAAUAUUCAAGAUUGAGACAGUCAUAGGAAAAGUGAAGGAGGAAGCAAAACGUGUUUACAUGCAACCCAAACAGGGGCAAAAACCACUGAAAUUCCAUACUUUUCUCCAAGAAACUUUUCAGGAUGAGGUGGUGUUUCCUAGAAGACCGUCUGAGUUCUGUGACAUUGAAGCAGUCAUAAAGCCUGUGAGGCCCCGCACACCAAAUCCCUGGUCACAGAGUCCAGUCCUGGGCCUAAACACAAGAAGCAGAGGUCAUUCAUCACUUGUCAAAGAUCUACGCACUGCCCGGGAAAAAAGGAUUGCGAUGGGACCAUUUGGAUCUGACAACCAAGAUCUCUAGCUAAGUAAAAACUCAAGUUUUUUCCAGGGUCAUGUCCUCUUCCCCUAGAAGGAAAGGUAAUUAUUUCUAGGAUGAGCCCUUCUCUUGC